AUGACAAUUGUCAAAGCUGCCGUACGGAGGGAGUGCGAUAUGACGAUCAUCGAUUCUGGCCUCUUCCACCGAUGCGGUUACAAUCAUAGGGAAUGGGUCACCCGCGAAAGCAUGUUGAAGCCUCCCGAGCCCAUCAACCAGGUGGGUGGAUCGAUGACUGACGUGAGGAUUCGGGGUAGAACCGUAGAAGUUACCCCAUUACUGCAACUGCAAGGUAUUAAUAAUAUUUACUCCGUACCCUGGGAUACUAAGGUAUCUCGAGUAGUCGAAUCCGGAAUGGGCUGUGAUGCGCAAUUACGGACCACUGUUGCGCCCACUGGCCUUCCCUUGAAGAGACAGUAUUUGGAUACAUGGGCGUCGGGAAAGUUGGCCAUGACCAUUCAGGGGUUGAUUAUCGAGAACCGUGAGGAUGAUGGACUGCUUUACCUGCUGCACGUCCACCAGAGCCUCAAGGGCCACAAACUUGACGCUCUCUGGAAGUACAUACAUAUCUGA